AUGGAUUCCGCAAUCGAUCUCAACGACCCCCAAAAAGCCCUCUCCCUCCAACACAUCCGCUACCAACUCAUCCGCCUCGAAGAUACCGUCCUCUACUCCCUAAUAGAACGCGCCCAAUUCCCCCUCAACAACACAAUCUACACCCCCGGCGCAAUCCCCAUCAACGGCUCCAACCUCUCCUUCUCCGACUGGGUCCUCCGCGAACAAGAACGACUCCAAUCCCGCAUACGCCGCUACCAAUCUCCAGACGAAUACCCUUUCUUCCCCGACGCUAUGGAGGAGCUGAUACUCCCACCAAUCGAAUAUCCUAAGAUUCUCUGGGACAACGAUGUGAAUGUGAACCAUGAUCUCAAGAAGAGAUAUAUCGACUCCAUCCUCCCCGCUAUCUGCCCCACCCGCGAACGCGAGGAGCGAUCAAGAGAGGCACAAGAGAACUACGGCUCCGCCGCGACAGCAGAUAUAACGUGUCUCCAAUCUCUCUCGCGACGAAUCCACUUCGGGAAGUUCGUCGCGGAAUCAAAAUUCAAAGAGAAUCCCGAAAAGUUUGUGAAAUUGAUCAAAGCGGGAGAUACCAAGGGGAUCGAUGAGGCGAUUACAAAUAUGGCGGUGGAGAGGCAGGUACUGGAGCGGUUGAGGAGGAAGGCCGAGAUGUAUGGACAGGACCCAAAUUUGAAAGAGGAUGGGGGAAAGAGUAAGAUUCCGGUUGAUGCGGUGGUCAGUACGUAUAAGGAUCAUGUUAUUCCCUUGACGAAGGUGGUCGAGGUGGAUUAUUUGAUGCAGAGGUUGAAGGGGACGGAGUGGGAGUGA